AGCUUCCCACUCCCAGUCAUCAAAAAAUAUGUGGACGAUUUGUUCAUAGCACUACCAGAAGACCAAAUAGAACAUACGCUACAGAUAUUCAACAGCUACAACCAACACCUGCAGUUCACCGUUGAGAAGGAGGCCGACGGAAGGCUUCCAUUCCUCGACACCCUGGUCAUCAGAAACCCAGAUCAGACCAUAUCUACGCAAUGGUAUUCCAAACCAAUAUCUUCAGGACGACUGCUAAACUUCCACUCAUUCCACCCCAUAAGCAUGAAGAUAAACGUCGCCGCAAACUUCAUCAAACGGGUGACCUUGCUCACCACCAAUCUCAACCAACAACAGCAAUCCAACAUCAUCUUCCACCACCUCCGCUCCAACAACUACCCGUCAUCGUUGAUCAACCGCUUGCUAUGCCGAGCAAAACCGAGGGCCUCGAUAACAGAAGUCCCGCAUGAUACACCAACAACAUCCAACGUAGGCCACCUCCAAGAGUUAAACGAAGAAAACCAUCCUCACGCCGGCAGCAUCACCUCCAGAGGCUUGCAAACUCCAUUGGACCAAAACACUCCAGCCAUCCAACCCCAGCAGCGACCACCACCUUCCACAACCAACAGUCAGCAGCUCACCGAAUACAGAAGCAUCCCCUUCAUUGAAAAUCUCAGUCCUACAAUCGCCAACAUCCUAAAAGCCGAUUUUCCACAGGUACGAAUUGCCUACAAAACAUUAAAAAACACAAAUAACAUCCUACGAUCAGUUAAAGACCCCCUCCCUAUACUCGACCAAUGCAACGUUAUUUACAGUCUAGAAUGCACAGACUGUAAACAAACAUACAUUGGAAUGACCACAAACCAGUUAAAAACUAGAAUGUCUGGACACAAGAGCAAUGUUAACCAAUACACCAAAUUAAUCCAAAGCAAUGACACACACACAAAUGAAGAAAUCCUAAGACUAGGCGAAAAAACAGCAUUAAUGAAACAUGUCAUUGAAAACAACCAUAUGUUCAAUGUUGCAAACCCAAAAAUUCUCGAUAGGGCCAAUAGAAAAUCAACACUACCAACACUAGAGAUGUGUCACAUCACCAAUACACCUAACACAGUCAACCACCGUACAGACAUACAAGGUCUAAGUACAACGUACGCAGGACUAUUCCACACAAUUAAACAGUCCACCACACGUAGACAAACCCCAGCCAUAUCAACAAUGGAACCAAUUCCACACCUCCUAAAUGAAACCGAUGAACGUGAUCCAUAAUCACCACAAAAUUCACCAACCAUUUUGAAACGAUCGUUACCAGUGCUGUGAAGUCCAAUCAAAACUAAAUAUAUAAAAAAAACCUUUAAAAAACAGUAAGUUAGGUAAAAUUGUGCAUCAAAUCGAAAAUAAUAACCAUAUUAUAACAGACAGGUAAUGAAAAGGCAGGCCAAACACAAAUGGUUAGGCAACUAUAUACACGGGAGACGAUAGACACUACGACCCUUGAGAAAGGCCAAAACCCUUCGGCCGAAACGUCGGGAGAGUAGGAAACAUUUCGUUCUCGACUUAAAGACUGAGAAAGCCACCCAAAAGAUCGAUCAAACAUC